ACUGUCAGGCUUUCAACAAAAAUAUACAACGGUCAAGUUUGGUACUCAUAAGAAUGCAUGUUAGAUAAAACUUUUAAUAUUAAAACAUGGUCUAGACAUGAGCCACAUAAUUUUUUUUUUCGGAAACAACAUAUUGGAUUAUGCUGAUUAAAACAUAAUUCACCUCAAAAAUACACGCAAAUCAAGAUGGUCCUUAUCUUUUUAUUGACACUUGCACUUACUCUAUUCAUACUCGAAAUUUAUUUACGCUAUAGAAGAAUUGGGAGAUACAUUCGUAAAAUACCAGGACCAACGGGAUACCCGAUUAUUGGAAAUGUACUGUUAUACUUAAUUCCACACGAUAAAUUAUGGAACCUACUUCGAAGUACAGGCAAUGAGUAUUAUCCGAUUUACAAAAUAACAAGCCUAAACAUAGCUGUGGCAAAUCUUCGUCAUCCAGACGAUGCUGAGGUAUUGUUGAGCAGCUCUAUACACAUAGACAAAAGUAUUAUUUAUGACUUGCUCCAGCCAUGGUUUGGUACUGGUUUAUUAACUAGUACAGGUCCGAAAUGGCACCACAGACGAAAAAUUUUAACUCCUGCUUUUCAUUUCAACGUUUUGAAAAAGUAUGGAGAAAUCAUGAUGGAAAAUAGUGAAAAGUUAAUCAAAUCAUUGAAAGAAGAUGAAUCGUGUAUUUACGAUUUAGUGCCGUUGAUAACAAAAUAUACACUUGAUGUCAUGUGUGAAGCUGCUAUGGGAAUACAAGUUCACGGGAGAGAAGAAAAAAUGAAUCAGUAUAGAAACGCUAUACAUAAAAUGAGCAACGUAAUAUUACACAGACUCUUAAGGCCUUGGUUAAGAUUUAAUUGGCUCUUUGGAUUAACAUCGAUGGCUACUCAACAAAUGGAGAUCUUAGAAACAUUACAUAGUUUUACUACCCAAAUUAUCAAUGAAAGAAAAGAAUACCAUAAAAAAACAAAUGGUGAAUUUUUAAAAAAACUUGUUUCCGAUGAAUUGAUUGAUAAUCAAAGCAACGACAAAGUUUUAGGAGUUAGUAAACGGCGCCUAGCAAUGCUCGACCAUCUAAUAGCUGCGUAUAAAGAAGGACAAAUAGACGAUGAUGGAAUUUGCGAAGAAGUUGAUACGUUUACAUUUGAAGGUCAUGAUACAUCAGCUAUGUCAAUGUGUUUUCUUUUACUUCUACUUGCAGAACAUAAGGACGUACAGUCUAAGGCAAGAGCUGAAAUUAAUGAAGUUUUAGAAGUGACAGAUGGAAAAUUGCGAAUGGAAGAUCUUCCGAAACUAAGUUAUCUGGAACAAUGCGUUAAGGAAUCGCUUCGACUCUAUCCAGGUGUACCGUUUAUAUCAAGAAGCGUUACUCGUGAUUUACAAUUAAAAAAUUAUCUCAUUCCUAAGGGCGCGAUAGCACAUUUGCAUGUCUUUGACCUUCAUCGUGACCCCAACUUCUGGCCGGAACCAGAUAAAUUUGAUCCUGACAGAUUUUUACCUGACCUGAUACAACAUCGUCAUCCGUUCUCAUUCUUACCAUUCAGUGCUGGACCGCGUAACUGCAUAGGUCAAAAGUUUGCUAUGAUGGAGCUCAAGACGCUGACAGCACAUUUAUUACAUAACUUUUAUUUAGAGCCAAUAGAUUUAGCUCAUGAUGUGCCUAUACACUGUGAUUUAGUGAUUCGACCUUCACGACCUAUGCAUAUUAAAUUUAUACCAAUUCAUUAG